CAUUUGUUAUGGCAAAAAUUGUCUCUUCCUUAUUUCUAUGUGUCUUCCUUACUUCUAUGCAGUUAUUAUAUGAUUUAUGACUUAUGUUCUGCAAUUAAUAUCUUAUGUUUUGUCUUACUGUAUGCAUUUGACAUUUCACCUAGAUUGUUCAAUGGUUGUCUCUGCCUGAUAGACUCUCAACUCUAGCUCCCAAACCCAAGGUCGGGGAGUUGUGUCUCUGUCUGUUGAGACUUGGUGCUCCUUUCUCACAGAUAGUUGGACGUCAGCAAUGCAGGUGUGAGAAUGUAAACAUCUUCACACACACUGUGACAGGGAGGAGAUGGUGCAUGUAAUUUGAUUGGGUUAGAAAGACAUUCCACCCUAGUCGGACAGAGAAGCUAAAAGGCAGAAGCAACUUUAGGAUCGUGGGCUCUUUGCAUCACACCUUCGUGGUGUGUGCACUGAUCUCCCCAGCUGGUUUUUGGUUUGUUGAUGUGCACGAUCAACAUCCAUGCUUUUUAUUUGCUUUCCCCAUUAUUUUUAUUUUCUUUAUUAUUUCAAUAAAUCGCACAAAAGGACAACUCUCUCAUCUGCCUUUAUUGCAAAAUUUCCACCACAGAAAUUGGCGUUGUCGGCAGGAUCCCGCAGCAGGUCGUCUGGACGGUGUGACCAGGGACGAUAGUCCUGAGGACUAGGGUCGCUCAGCCUCCGAACCUCUACAGACAUUCAGAGCUGGGAGGACUGCUCACCCGUCUGGAUCGCCUCUGACGAGAUCCACGAACUCAGAUUCAAACUCAAAUCCUAAUUUGGCUCAGCUCGGUGAGAGAGAUUCCUUUUAAUUUGGGAAAAAACAAAAAGAAAAUAUAACUAGGAAAAGAGAUAAUAUUUCUAAAACGACUAUGUGGCUGAAAACAUCUAAAAUAUAAUAAUUAGGACCAAACAAUUUUUUUUUAAUUAAAAAACUUAAUAUUCGGGUAAAAUUAAUUAGGUCAAAGUGUGCCCUGGUGGUCGAGACGGUGGUUGCUAAGGGUUGGCUCGUGGAACCGAGCUUCCGUCUGUACUGAGGAUACAGACAUGUUUUUCUGAUCUGUGCGUGGUCCACACGUGGGGGACUGAGUAUAAAAGACGGCUUCUGAAAGAGGGAGUGCGUUUGCAGAGUGAAGUAUUUUCAAGAGACGAGGGCCCCGGGCCUAGAGGGGCCUAACGUUGAGGAAGUACUUCGUGAAAGACUCUGUCGCCAGAUCGGGUUGGUUCCCUUUUUACGGAGACGUCCGAUAAAAAGGCAUUUUGGGAAGGUUCCGGCCGGAACACAUAAAAAUCUAAGGCAGAAAACCGCCGGGACUCUGAAAGAUGGGUUCGGGGCGAUCUAAGUCUCCACCACCAGACUGCAGCAUUACAAAACUAAAGAACUGAGCGCGAUGAGGGUAAAUCCGGAUCUGGACUCCUUUCCCACCAUCAGCAGAAGAACCGAAGGAGAAGAAGCGCCGACCAACAACCAGAACAGGGUGGAAGCUCUGACACCACAGCAGCUGGAGGACACAGACCACAGCAUGGACGCCUCACCGACUCACACAACGUCUGCAGCCAUCACGUUCUGGGCUCAUCAGAUGAACCAGCUACUACAGACCCCGCACCAGCAUGAAAGGACUGUGUCUGAAGCUUCAGAGGAAACUGUCUUACAAGCGUGUGUGUCUGACAGACACCUGCUUAUGACAAUCAGCAAAGGAAAACAAGGACAGAGCAACAGCAGAAAAGACGUGCUCUGACACAGACACUGGUUGAAACAACAGGAGAGGCUUCAGACGUGAUCGGCCCAAAAGAGCUGCAACCGAGGAUCCAGGAAAGGUCUGUCAUCGAGGAACAACUGUCCCAUUGAAAUGCUUCACCCACUGGCGCUCACAUCAGACUGAUGGUUGGGGAAGGAGGAAGGUGACGGUUCCUUUUCACGUGACGUACAAGACGGUACCGCAAAAACACACACAUAUUCAUACACGCAAUGAAGAAACACGCUUACAGCUGAUACACGCUCAAAUUCAUGUUCAUGCUUAUCUGCUUGCAAUGAAGAAUCGCUUUUUGCUCAAAAAAAAAUCCCACAGAGUGAUUUUAAAAAUAUGACAAACAGCUAAAUGACAACUGCUGCAUGACUUUACAGUCUGAUGGGUUUAAACUAUUUUAACUUGCAACAAAUUCAGUAAUAAAAUCCUUCAUGUUUCUAAAAAUACUUGUGCACAAUAUAGGUUUGUCUGGCCAGACUAGAAGACUGUAGAAAACAAAACCAGACCAUAGGAAGACUCAAACUGACUGAAACAGACUAUCAAUGACUAUUAAAGGGAAGACGACUAUUAGAGAGAAGUAAUAAUAAUUACUGUACGUACCAGACUAUUAAAGAAAAACCUAUUCUUUCACUGUCUUGUGCAACAUCUGACAGCAAGACACCGUAACAUUCAUUUUUGCUUUCAAACUUAUGCCCAGGUUAAAUUUUUAGGAAGAGAUCUCAUGUGUAGUUUAGGUAUUUGAUUGAUUUCCACUCCAGACGAAGUGCAGGUUACAUCUACAGACAUUCUAAAUAAUCCCUCUUUUGUUGGUGUUAACUUCAGCUCAGCUGUGCUCCUAUCAUUGGCUGCUGAGGGGGGGCUGUAACUGAGGCCCUCACACAGGCUGCUUCACAGCUUGUUUAUGAUUUCACACACACACUCAAACUGACCUCAACUUCCCUCUUUUGGGAUGAACACAGGUCUGCGCUUGCGAUUUCUUUUACUAACGAACAAAAAAGAUUUUUGAUGUUUAUUUUACAGUUCCACACGUCCCUCUGUGAAAACAUGAUGGAGACAGAUGCAGGACGUGGGUCCUUUCGUGAACAGAUGUCAACGGGGUAGAGACUGGUGAACGACUUCUGACCCCAUGUGACGUAUUCACCUACUUUGCAUACUUUUAGAAAACUUCUUUUUAUUCUGCCUGUUAUGUGCAGCAAACAGUGAACUUGGUACCUCCACAUUCUAAUGACACACUACAUGCUUUUGUUUUUAUUUUCAUUUUUCAGAGGACGCUCUGACCCAACACUCAGCCUUACAGGAAGCCCUGCUUCCCUGUGGCUCACACACAGACAUGAUGUAGGUUUGAUCAGAGGAUGUGAACCAGUGGUCAUCACACCUAAAUUUGACCACAGACCAUGUAAACAACAACACCCUCUGAAAGGAAGCCAUAGACAGCGUUACUGCAGACACCACUAAUCUACUGAAUCAUUGGAUGCUACAGGCCACAAAGAGAGCCUGUCUAAAUUACAGUUUGUUCAGACAAAGGUUAUUUUCUGGGUCAUUGUAAUUACAGCUGAUGGCAAAUCCAUCUCACCCAACAGAGUUAAAGCAAUUUGAAACCUGCCUAAACCGUGCACGUAUAAACAGCUGAUGUUUUUUCUAGGUCUUCGUUCUUAUUGUAGGAACUUCAUUCCUAACUUUACUGUUUGAGGCCCCACUCAGGGUUCUGAUGCAGAUGUCUUCAUCGUCCACUUCUUGUCUCACGUGGACGUCUGAGGCUGAACAGGCGUUCACCGACCUCAAACUUGCUCUUCAGUCGGCUCCUACUUUGGGUCUACCUGACCCUAUGCGACCUUUCACCCAAACAGUGGAUGAGAAAUCAGGUUGUAUGACCUCUGUCCUUUUACAGGAUCACGGAGGACGUCCGCGCCCUGUAGCCUAUUUCUCUGCUAAGCUUGACCCAGUCGCUGCGGGGCUCCCGAUGCCUCCGAGCAGUGGCUGCGGCAGAGAAAGCCGUGCUGGCAUCACGUGACAUUGUUGGCUAUUCUGGUGUCACCCUGCUGGUUCCUCAUGCCGUGUCUUUGAUCCUUCUGGAACAAAAAAAACAUCACAUCUUUCUACAGCCCGAUGGCUUAGAUACAACACCAUCUUACUGGAAAUGCCAAACAUUACUGUCAAAAGGUGCAAUGUGCUUAAUCCAGCCACUUUGUUUCCAGGCCCUGACGAUGGCGAGCCUCACAACUGUGUUUCGGUGUUGAACCAGGUCUGCACUCCGCGCCCAGAUCUGUCGGAGGUGCCAAUUCCUAACUGUGACCUCGUUCUCUUUGUUGAUGGCUCCGCCUCUAGAGACCCUGCUUCGGGCCGCUGUCAGGUUGGAUAUGCAGUCUGCACCUCUCAUACUGUUUUACAGUCUGGCGCUUUGCCAGGACAUUACUCUGCUCAGGCUGCAGAGUUGAUCGCACUGACCGAAGCCUGUAAAUUGGCUGAAGGGAAGUCUGCUACUAUCUACACAGACUCCAGAUACGCUUUUGGCGUCACACAUGACUUUGGUGCUCUGUGGAAACACAGAAGGUUUUUGAAAUCUGAUGGCAAACCUAUCUUGCAUCAUGAUAAGGUUGCUGAUCUGCUCGACGCAAUUCUGUUACCAGCUGCAAUUGCUGUAUGUAAGUGUCCCGCACACACUGGGGGCACUGAUCCCAUCUCUGCUGGAAACACACGUGCUGAUGCUGCUGCGAAGGCAGCUGCUCGACAUUCCCUUCCCUUUGCUCCCUGCCUCUUAUCCUCCACCUCUACCCAACCUCCCUCUCCUCCCUCUGCUCUCCCUGAUCUUCAGACAUUCUCUACCCCACAGGAACGCAAGCUCUGGCUGACGAAUGGCGCCACCAGUAGCCAUGGCGUUUGGUAUGGGCCCGACGGCAAACCUUGCCUGCCUAAACACUUUUUCCCUCAUUUCGCGAAGUUGACACAUGGAUUAGACCAUGUAUCAAAGGGGGGAAUGUUAGAUGCUCUAAAACAUUGGUACACUAAGGGAUUUUCAAUCUAUGCGCAAAAAUACUGUGAAGCAUGUAUGACAUGCGCCCAACACAACCCAGGUAAGACGACUGCCAAACCACUGGCAGCUCACCCACCACCGGAACAGGCGUUUGACCAUUUAAUGCUGGACUUCAUCGAACUAACGCCGGCAGGAGGUAAAAAGUAUUGUUUAGUGAUUGUUGAUAUGUGGUCAAAAUGGGUGGAGGCCUUCCCAGCUAAACAUGCUAACAGCCAUGCAGUUACCAAAGCCUUGCUGACAGAAAUAAUUCCCAGAUGGGGAAUUCCAUCUAAAAUCAGCAGUGACAACGGCUCACACUUCGCAAACCAAGCCCUCGAGGAAGUGGGAAAGUUUCUGAACAUCGACAUCAGAAAGCACUGCUCUUACCACCCUCAAAGCGGAGGGGCGGUAGAGAGAAAGAAUGGCACUUUGAAAAACAAACUGGCUAAAUGCUGCUCAGAGACUGGUCUCAAGUGGACUCAGGCUCUUCCCAUUGUGCUCUCAUACAUGAGAAUGAGGAGAAGGAUGAGAACAAACCUCAGCCCGUAUGAGAUCCUAUUUGGUAGACCUCCUAUGAUGGGACUCCACCCUGAGACCGAGACUAGGAUUUUACCACCUACUGAAAUGUGCGAAGACGCAAUGCUACAGUACUGUAAGAACUUAUCCUCUGUUCUGUCCCAAAUCUCCAAGCAGGUGAAAGCGGCUCUGCCCAAACAGGCGACAGAACCACUGCACAUCAUUCAACCAGGAGACUGGGUGAUCAUUAAGGAGCUUCGCAGGAAGCACUGGAACUCAAAGCGGUGGCAAGGUCCCUUCCAGGUCCUUCUGACGACCAACACGGCUGUGAAGAUCGCAGAAAGAGCGACUUGGAUCCACUCCAGCCACUGCAGGAAGGUCCCGGAUCCGACAGACGACCCUCCAUCUAUAUCUACACCACACGAGAAACCACCACUGACGAAAAGAACUGAGAAGGUCGACCCUCGCUGUGCUCACACAUGCACUGAGGCGAGGCUGCGUUGACCGUUCAGCUAAAGGUGUGAGCCAAGCGCCGCCUGAAGCUGCGCCGGUGAAUCACACUAUCAGACCAUACAUCUACACACACGCUCCUGAGAAAACACACACACGAGCAGCCUUGAGUUGCCAACGCUGGACGACGUGUAGACUCUUCACAUCACGGGAGUGACAGUGACUCAGACGACAUUGGGAGGAAACCUGGCGGUGAUAACGAAUCCCAAGUGUCUCUGUGAUCAGCUGAUCACUACCUGAAGAACUCCAACGAACUGGCAAUACUUCAACACACAGGUUGGAAACAAUCUAACGCUACUGUUCAACAGGACGAAGCAGAUUGUUACGAGACAUCAAUUGUAACAUCGUUGCGUUAGACAUUUUAUGUUACUCUGAAUAUUGCCUUUAUCAUAUGAUGUUUCCAUGUAACUUCACACACUACUUUUGAAGAAGAAAAUUUCACAACACUGAGUUUAAAUAUCCUGAAGUUGACUUGGUGUUUAAUUUGCUCACAAUCACUUAUUCACUGCUACAAAAAUUUUCAUCCUUCAUCUACAGAUGAAAGACAACACAAGCGGCAAUAUGCAUCAUCAUUCUGGUUAAAUCCCUGAAUCUCCUAUUUGCUCUAGACGCAAAUGUACAAUUAAAGAUCCGAAAGCAUGAAAUCUAUCUUAAGAUUAUAUGAUACAGAACCCCACCGGAAACCUAUGGCUAUCAUACAUUAAUUGUAUUUAUUACAUUACGAUUGAAUGGCCGUAGACACGUUGUUAGCAGAGAAAAGAGGCGUUUGUGUUAUGUUUGGAGACGCAUGUUGUACUUACAUCCUGAAUAACACUGAUUCUAAUGGUAUUGUGGCGAAGGCGCUCCACGGCCUUCAGAAUCUCAGCUAACUCUGGUAUAGGUUUUUUUUCCCUUGGAAUUGGCUAGACGAAAUGUCUGGAAAAUGGAAAUCUGUUCUCAUGUCCGCAGCUGUUUCCCUUAUAAUUGAGAUGGCUGUGAUUCUCUUGUUUGGUUUUUGCGUUAUCACACUGGUUAGAGGUCUCAUCAUGCGUGCGACCCCAGCAACACUCUCGUAUCAAAUGACACAAUGCACUAUGUUCAAAAACCCCAACUCUAAUUCACUUAAUGACUUUGACGAUGGUCUUAGGCUAUCUGACCACGAAAUAUAAUCUGAUACGAAUAUGAUUAUGGGCUUAUUUUCUUCACAUGCCGAUACAGAAGUUAUUCUUGUAUAACUACCCACCAAAAACAGCUCCCAACCUUUUAUCCCUAAGUUACUUGCAUUUUAUGUGAAGGUGUAUUUUUGAAUUUUGACUUAAUACACUUAUUGUUUCAUUUGCAAGGAUCUUGUUUGAUUAAUGUGUAAUCAAAAGGGGGGAGUGUUAUGGCAAAAAUUGUCUCUUCCUUAUUUCUAUGUGUCUUCCUUACUUCUAUGCAGUUAUUAUAUGAUUUAUGACUUAUGUUCUGCAAUUAAUAUCUUAUGUUUUGUCUUACUGUAUGCAUUUGACAUUUCACCUAGAUUGUUCAAUGGUUGUCUCUGCCUGAUAGACUCUCAACUCUAGCUCCCAAACCCAAGGUCGGGGAGUUGUGUCUCUGUCUGUUGAGACUUGGUGCUCCUUUCUCACAGAUAGUUGGACGUCAGCAAUGCAGGUGUGAGAAUGUAAACAUCUUCACACACACUGUGACAGGGAGGAGAUGGUGCAUGUAAUUUGAUUGGGUUAGAAAGACAUUCCACCCUAGUCGGACAGAGAAGCUAAAAGGCAGAAGCAACUUUAGGAUCGUGGGCUCUUUGCAUCACACCUUCGUGGUGUGUGCACUGAUCUCCCCAGCUGGUUUUUGGUUUGUUGAUGUGCACGAUCAACAUCCAUGCUUUUUAUUUGCUUUCCCCAUUAUUUUUAUUUUCUUUAUUAUUUCAAUAAAUCGCACAAAAGGACAA